CUUAUCUUCUUAUUCAUUUACAGACGUGUAAUAAGCUUAGGGAGAUAAAAUACUUGAUUAAACUGAUGGGUGCAGAAUCGAUGAAAAAUAWUCACAAAAUCCUGGUCAGGGAUUGUAAUUCUCAAAGGUUAUCUGAACKAAAAUACGUAGAAGUUUAACCUGAUCUCUKACGGAUUUAGGGCUUUGUAUUGCCYUUUUUGCCCAUGAUCUAAACCUCGCAUUCAAAUAUUUCUAACAUACCCGUAAUUUGUCUUCUUUAUUCGAAGAUUUAUAUUCUUUUCAAGCUAAGGAGCAAGCUGAUGAACAGAAAACUCUAAAAAACAAGCUUAAAGGAACUUGUUAUCAUUAUAAUGGUGAUGACGAUGGCACCGUGCUCGCAUUUUUUACCAUUGUAGCAGCAGAAAUGGAACGUCCAAAGAAAACACCGUGAAUUGAACGGAACAAAACAGCUGCUUUCAGUAACACAGCAAUUUGGAAAUUUAACUCAAGGUCACMCACCAAAGAGAAUUGCUUCAUUCACAGUGAGAGACUUAAAACGGAGCGAAUCGCAAAUACUCUAGGUCGUCACCUGCACUGAGAGAGAUUAAAAAGGCUUACAGUUCAUCUAUGCUGAACACAUUCUGGUUUAGAAAUCGCUUUCCGGGUUUUGAGAGAUAGUCUUCAAUCUUGUGCAUGAGAAGCCACGACAGCUCUAGGCAAGCGUGAAUCGAGUCAUUCAUUUCAGUGUCCAUAUUUCCACGUGUACUCACGAUCAAAGAAGAUAGAUCAGCGUUGUACGAGAAAAACGCUGUCGUAUCGUGACCACAGGAAAACAGAAAUCCCAACACCGCAGAGAACGAGAGAUAGUCCAUUAAGAAGGACACAGAUCAUCUGUAAACACGGUGAUCGUUACUCUAAAUUAACUGUAACAGAAAUCUCGCCAUUAACGGGUAGACUGGAACUCAGACGGAAGAUCUGGCCAACGAAGAACGAUGGAGGUGCAUGAGGACAACGCGACUCUCCAACACGCACAAGGGAACGCCAGCAUGCCGAUGAUGCCAGGCUUUGAAUCUCCGCUCCUCUCGAGACAGCCUUGGUAUUGGAUUGUGCGCAGCGUAAUCGCUCUUGUAACGAUCUUUGGCAAUGGAUUCGUUAUUUAUCUCAUAUCCGCAAGACAAGUUCUACGCGAGCAAGCUUCUCCGAACUGGUUUGUCAUGUCUAUGGCGCUAGCAGACUUCUGUGUGGGGGCUAUCAACUUCCCCUUGAAUAUGCUCUACGCGUUCACUCCGCACGAGAGCGAACGAGAACUUCAUUGGGUUAUUUUAGGGUUUUUUAUGAAUAUCUUUCUCGACGCUUCGGUGACAAAUCUUUCAUUGCUCACUCUGGAUCGUUAUUUGGCAGUUGUUCACCCGUUUAAGUACGAGAACUUCAUGAACCCUUCCAAAGCACUCUUAUUUAUAGUCCUUGCCUGGGGAGUUACAAUAAUACUGGARAUUCCCUAUCUCGUGCUCGACGUUCAGAAUGCAAGUGACGAGGCCUACUUCGUAAACCUCAUCAUCUACAUGGCUAUUUUCGCAUUUUUACCAAGUUUUUUCAUGAUAUAUUCCUACGCCAGGAUAUUAUGUAUAGCGAGGAGACACAAAAAGAAAAUUAGAAAAGAAAAGAAACAAAUUGCGUCAAAUAAUCCGUCGAGAAAAAGAAUGGCUCAAAGCGGGAACAAAAACGGCGCGCUUGUGACCGUAGGGACGAUUGUCGGCAUAUUCCUCCUGUGUAAUAGCGCAAUGCAAUAUCAUUUAACGUGUUUCAUCUCACCAUACUGUGAAAUAACUAGCACGUCUUUCUAUGUAUUUCUCUUGCUGCGAUAUCUGAAUUCAACGCCGAAUUUCGUCAUAUAUGCUUUCAUGAAAAAAGAUUUUCGAAGGGAAUUACGGAAAAGUAUUAGGCGAGCGCUUCGAUGAUUUCCCUUGAGCRUUUGCCGAGCGCAAGUAAGCAAUACUUUUGAAGAAGUAUCUUUUACUGAAGAUUUCUAAAUUUUCAUGCAAUCCUCGCGCUAAAUCUAAUAUAUUUAUCAAAGCUUGAGUGACGCUUGAGUGUAUAUUUUCCCCCGAAGUUUUUCCGGGAAAGGACCGAGAGUGUUAUUUCAUCACAAAUGAAAUAAAAUUGAUUUGAUUUGAAGUUAUAAAACCCCAUAUAUUGAAUGCGUGAACUUGCUAAAUCAUUGACUUCGAACGAUAUUGCACGACCUUUGGUUUCCAAAAUAUCAACCAUACAAAUUGAUGAGGCAUUUUGGCAAAAUCUUAUUCUCCUUAAGUUCUUUCCACAUGGAUGAGGAUGAGAAUGAUCUGAAUAUACUUAUGAGUUGAAUUGCCUCAGGACACGAACAUAGGAUAGUUUUUAUUCCGUAUAUUUUCUAGGUAAAAUAGGAAUCAGGAUCUAGUAUUCUGAAGUCUGAAAACAUAUACCUCUUAUGAACUGAACAUUAUGUCGAUGUUGAUAAGUUGCUAUUAAAGGGAGAAAAUUAAUUACGAACGUCUUGACGGGUCUCUUUGAUACGAUGGAGGAAAGACGGUCAAAACAGACGUAAUAAGAACUGGAAGUGAGUGUUGUGAACAUCGUCACGUACUAUACUUAGCAAGCGGACUCAAGCACUGAAAUAAAUACUCCUCCUCAACUUG